CCCCGCCUGACCCACUCCAUACCCGACCCAUACCCGCUUUAUACCCACCCCAUACCCGCAUAAGACCCGACUAGCCUCACUGCCUCACUCUCUUACCCAAUACCCACCCUCAUUCAGUCAUUCACUCAUUCUCAAAACAAAAACCCUAGCCUCACUGCCUCACUCUCUCCUCUCACAGUCUCAAGCGCUGAAUCUCUUCCUCAAGCCUCAAACCCCUCUCUUCGAUCCUUCUUCUUCAACCUCGUGGUCCUCGUCUGCAAUCAAAUCUCUUCGAUCCUUCUUCUUCAACCUCGAUCUUGCAAGGCUGCAACUCAUUCAAUUUAGGGGAGAAUUUGUCUGAGAUGUCAAAUAACGCUAGUGUUCCCACUUCCGCUAGUAAUACUCCAAUUGCAAUAGAUGAUGAUGAAAGUCCUCUAGAGACUAAUUCCGAUCCUUCUCUCCUACCAAUUACUAGUAGGCAUACUUCGGCAGUGUGGUCUGAUUUUAAGAGAAAGAGAGUUGGGGAUGUGAUAAAAGCUGAGUGCAACCAUUGCUCCAAGCUACUUGCUGGUGGGUCAAAAGCAGGAACUACUCAUUUGAAAGAUCAUAUAAAAAUAUGUCCAAAGAGAGUAUGUCAAGAUCUUCGACAAACAAGAAUGUUUGGUACAAAAAAAAACUUGAAUGAUAAGAAUGACACGAUGACAUUGGCUCCUUACGAAUUCCACCAAGAAGAUGGAAGAAGAGACUUGGCAGAGAUGAUUAUUUUGCAUGAGUAUCCAAUUAGCAUGGUUGAGCAUAUUGGUUUUAGAAAAUAUAGCAAGACACUCCAACCUGGAUUUAAAGUGCCGUCUCGCAACACAACUAGAAAAGAUAUUAUGAAAAGAUAUGAGCUUGAGAAGGAGAAUGUUGCAACCUUGUUGAGGAAAGCAAAGGGUAAGAUUGCCUUAACUACUGACAUGUGGACAGCUGACAACCAGAGAAAAGGUUAUAUGGCGGUCACCUCACAUUUUAUUGAUAAUACAUGGAAGUUGCAAAGUCGGAUCAUAAGGUUUUUAUAUGUCCCCGCCCCUCAUACUGCUGAGGUUCUUGCUGAUGCUUUGAAAGAAAGCAUUCAAUCAUGGAAUCUUGAUCUUAGGUUGUCUUCUAUAACCGUGGAUAAUUGUUCAACUAAUGAUGCAAUGAUGGAAAUUUUGAAAGGAGUGUUUCCAUAUGGCUCACUUUUAUUGCGAGAUUGUGGAGAAUUUAAGGAUGAUGAAUAUGCUAAAUUAGUGGGAGAAUUAGAGGAAGGAUUUGAAACAUGUGAUAUCGAUUCUGGAACAAGUGGACUUUGCACCGAAUAAUUCAAGGCCUAAUGAAUUUCUUGUUAUGUAUUUGAAUAUUUGUAGACUUGUAGUUAUUUUUAAUAUUUGGACUUUGGACAAUUUGGAGUUAGUGUUUUUUUUUUUUAAAAUGGUUAUUUUUAAAAUGGUUGAUCUUGCAGUGGUUUUUGUUGGAUUUGAGUUAA